GGGUGGUAUACGGACCUGCUGACAGGGGAUUCCGGUUGGCUUGAUUCCUUCCCCGCACCAUCACGGCCUGCACAGGCGUUGAUUUCCCUUGCCCCCCCGAAGGUUCUUGAUUUUGUCCGCACACAUUCUGUUGGAGUGACCCCUCCCCUCAUCUCCAUUAUAUCGUUUGACCAGUGGGCUGAUCUACUCUGGAUGGCUACGCAUGAUAAGCCUGCAUUUCUCAACCUCACCAAUUUUUUGGUAACACAGGCUCGUAAUUUGGUAGAGGAGGAUGAGCUGGUAGGUUUGAGCAUCUCUAACAAUCUUGCCAUGAAAGAGAAAGUCCUCGUACAGCUUUGGGGGGCGGAGUCGAACUUCCACGCUAGUCUCGUACAGAGGGACCUGGUUGAGGUGACGAAUGGAGACUCCGAGAAGGAGGAGGAGGACUCCCUCCCCCUCACAGAGGAGGAGAAGCGCUUCCAUGAAAAAAUGCUAGCUGAGGGUAGGAGGGAGAAAUUGAAGGUGAUGGCUGACAACCAAAGGGUGGAGGUGAAUAAAUAUGCUCGGAACGCGUUCCUGCCCACAGUGCCACCAAGAUGGGUAGAGUCUCAGUCUAGGGGGGUCCAGGAUAAACUUUGGGAUUUGCUCACGUUCAACUAUGUCGCGCCUAUCCAUGCUGAUUCCUAUCGCUUCCUUGCCUCCCUUUCUGAUGACGAAAUGAAGAAGUGCAACGAAAAGGCAUUGACGGAGAACACCGACCUCUGUUCGGGUGACUAUCCCCUCACUGCGGACAACAUGAAACUCCCUGUGGUGGGGGAAUUUGACCCCUCCAAGUGCGUUGUCACGAACUCUGCACUGUCUAUUAGGGGUUUCAUGGGCCCCAGAGUCCAGACUGCAAUGGCGGAGCUCAAAUGGAUUUGGAAUGUAGGUAGACCGUAUGUUAAGUGUCGAUGCAUCGAGUUGCAGAAAGGGGACUGCGGUAAGAAUAUCACUUGGUUUGACCACAUCUUCUGGUAUCUUUUGUCUGAUCUCCACUACCUGUUCUCGGAAGCUCCGUCUCUCAGGGCUCGCAUCCGCGCCUUCAGGGUCAUGGCAAGAUCAGCUUGGCGCGCUCCGGUACUGACAUCGGUUGUGUUCUUUCACAUAAGGGAGAUCAUGGUGAAGAUGGCACACAAUGUCGCGAUUGACCCAUCGAGGACCCCACAGACGAUCCUUGAUGACCCGGCUGUCUUGCUGCAAAAAUUCCCGAAGACGAUGGCGAAGCUCAUCCUCCCAACUAGGUACAUCCGUCCUUCAGAGAGGAAGAGGAGGGAUACCCCAUCGUCGGGUCCCAUGAACAAGAGAUCAAGGAAGGGGUGUCAGACCACCCUCGAGUUCUACAUUGAACCGCCGGCUGAUCAAGCACCUGGUGCGGUGACCAGCACCCCGCCCCUUUCGACGGUCACGACACAGGAGGAUGGUCAGGGGUCGGCUUCCAGUAGGAGCACCAGGAAGAGACCGAGGGGGAAGGUGUCCCCGAAAGUGGUAUUAUUUCGCGCCUAAUGAAUAAGUGGUUGUGUGUGACUCGUUCGUGGUGCGCAGGGUGGAGAG